CCUGGGCGCAUUCCCGCCCCACGGCAACACCUGCAUCGCUCCUGUGCUCGCAGGGUGAUGCUUCAGGGUGAUGCUUGGAGCCCAGACCGGCCAGGGGCGGCUCGCUCUGAGCCUGAGCUGUACAAGUCCAUUAUCGAAGAUGUGGUUGAAGGUGUGCGGGAACUCUUUGCAGAGGAGGGUGUAGAGGAGCAGGUUCUGAAAGACCUGAAGCAGCUUUGGGAAACGAAGGUGACACAGUCUAGAGCAACAGAAGGCUUCUUCAAACACAGCCACUGCUCUCCACGGUUCAGUCUGCAGCUGCCACACAGUUCUCACAGCAUUUUGCAGACUUCAGCAGCUUCUUAUGUCAUCCAAGCUGGAAGAGGUUUUCAGCAUUUCACAGCAGGAAGACUGGGGCCCCCACGAGUAGGUGUGGCUCUUGCUCUCCCUUCGUGUGUUGCUUAUCCUUUACAGAUGCCAGCUGGAGUGAUGCUGCAGCCAGCACCAGGGCAGCUUUACAAGGUGAAUGUGCCUGUUGUGGUCACACAGGCCUCAGGAGAUGGAAGCAUUCUCCACUACCCUGUGCAGCAGAUGUUUCAUCCCCUUGGGCAAGCUUCAGUUCUGCAGGCCAGCCUUGCCAGUGUCACACAGCUGAAUGCAUGUGCUGCCCAUGCAGCUGGUGAAACACUGCAGCCCCAGGAGACUGCUGUCCAACAGGCUGUGCUGUUUAAACCAAGCUAUGUGGAAAAACAGCACCUGGAGAACUCUGCUACCUUGGUCCAGCAGCCUUCUGUGAGUCUGCAGGAAUUUGAAAUUAAUGCAGUAUUGAAUCAGUGCAGUGAAUCCACAGAAAAAUUCCAGCAUGACAACCUUCACACAGCUGUGUUUACUCCAGAGUGCUCUGAAGGACUUUUUAUUGAUGAAUCCUUGGCAAGCGGCUCAAGCAGUGUCCUGCUGGAUGUGGAGGGGCAGCUGGACAUGGAGCACCCGGAGCUGCUGCAGCAGCAGGUGUCUGAUGAUAUCAUUGACCUGAUUAUUGCAGGGGAAGGUUUGGAUGAAAAUGCAUUUCUAAAGGAUCAGGGAAGCAUGGCUUCCUCUGACAAGAUGGAAUCUGGUUUACCACUGGAGAAAGGUCUCUGCAGUGACAUUGAAGGCAUAAGUCAGCUCGAUGGCACUGGGGAUGUUUCUUCCAAGGAACAAAUACCACACACAAAAGAUAAAGAAGAGAAUGAAUUCAUUGGCUUUAUUGAUUCAGAGGAUCUAAGAGUUCUGGAUGAUGAGGAAGACUAUGAUGAAGAAUGUGACAGUUCUUCAAACCUAGAGUCCAGUGGCAGUGAUGGAGAAAAUGAAGACCUCCAGAUAGACAUAGUUGAGGAGGACCCCUUAAACUCUGGUGAUGAUGUCAGUGAGCAGGACAUUGCAGACUUGUUUGACACCGACAAUGUGAUAGUUUGUCAGUAUGAAAAGAUACAUCGAACGAAGAACAAAUGGAAGUUCUAUUUAAAAGAUGGAGUGAUGUCCAUUGAGGGUAAAGAUCAUGUUUUUGCAAAAGCCACUGGAGAUGCAGAGUGGUGAAACUUCACUCCAGUAUGUCCUUGAAGGCUGUGGCAUGAUUUCCUUAUAAGCCUUUUGUGAAACAAUUGGACUUUCUAUUGUUGUGCCAUAAAAAAAACCCCAAAAACCAACAGACAACCAAAACUGAAAAAAUUCAAACUCCAAAACAACAAAUCUCUGAUGAAAAAAGAUGCAAAAUCUGUUGUUAAUUUGUGGUGUUAAUCUGUUUAGUUUGUAAACUAAACCACUGUACUGUUAGCUACUCAGCUGUCUUUGCUGUUCUUUUCUGAUUAUUUCAUUUUUUCCAAUGAAGAAGCAUCAUUGGAAUGAGUAGCUUUAAAGUUUGAAGUGUUAUAUGUGUUCGUAAUUCCAGAAGGUAAAGAAAUACUUAGUAAUUAGUAAAGAACUACUUAUUGGUUAUAAUCAAAUAAGUUUUAGUUCUGUUGUUUUUUUCCCCAGCUCUUAAAAGCUGAGUUGUGAGUUGAAAUAUAAAAUUACACUGUUGUUAUUCUUUUCAAAGACUUUUGAGUU